AUGGGCCCAAUAAAUGCAGAGGCUGAUGAGAACCAGACAGUGGAAGAAAUGAAGAUGGAGCCGUAUGGACCAGGGCAACCCACUCCUCGAGGUGAGCUGGCUCCUGACCCUGAGCCAGAGCUCAUAGACAGCACCAAGCUGAUUGAGGUUCAGGUUGUCCUUAUUCUGGCCUAUUGCUCCAUCAUCUUGCUCGGGGUCAUUGGCAACUCUUUGGUGAUCCAUGUGGUGAUUAAAUUCAAGAGCAUGCGCACAGUAACCAAUUUUUUCAUUGCUAAUCUGGCAGUGGCAGAUCUCCUUGUGAACACCCUGUGCCUUCCAUUCACUCUCACCUAUACAUUAAUGGGGGAGUGGAAAAUGGGUCCAGUCCUAUGCCACCUGGUGCCCUAUGCCCAGGGACUGGCAGUACAAGUGUCCACCAUCACCUUGACAGUCAUUGCCCUGGACCGACACCGAUGCAUCGUUUACCACCUGGAGAGCAAGAUAUCCAAGCGCAUCAGUUUCCUGAUUAUCGGCCUGGCCUGGGGCAUCAGUGCCCUGUUGGCGAGUCCACUGGCCAUCUUCCGAGAGUACUCACUGAUUGAGAUUAUUCCAGACUUUGAGAUUGUGGCCUGUACAGAGAAGUGGCCGGGCGAGGAGAAGAGCAUCUACAGCACUAUCUACAGUCUUUCCUCCUUGUUGAUCCUGUAUGUUUUGCCGCUGGGCAUUAUAUCUUUUUCCUACACUCGCAUCUGGAGCAAACUGAAGAACCAUAUCAGCCCUGGAACUGCUAGUGACCACUACCAUCAGCGAAGGCAGAAAACGACCAAAAUGUUGGUGUGUGUGGUGGUGGUGUUUGCGGUCAGCUGGCUGCCUCUCCAUGCCUUCCAACUUGCUGUGGACAUUGACAGCCAGGUCUUGGACCUGAAGGAGUACAAACUCAUCUUCACAGUAUUCCACAUCAUUGCCAUGUGCUCCACCUUCGCCAACCCCCUUCUCUACGGCUGGAUGAAUAGCAACUACAGAAAGGCGUUCCUCUCUGCCUUCCGCUGUGAGCAGAGGAUGGAUGCCAUCCACUCAGAGGUGUCCGUGACAUUCAAGGCUAAAAAGAACCUGGAAGUCAAAAAGAACAAUGGCCCCCAUGACUCUUUCACAGAGGCUACCAACGUCUAA